ACAGGAAAAAGCUGGUGGAAGGUGUGUGGAUAGCAGCCGCAAGUCUUCAGAGAGCUCCAGCGGACAGGACUCUUCAACGAGUGCUAGCUGUAACUUUCCGCCUUUUGCGCGUGCAGCUGUGGGUACUUACCAUACUGCUCGUCAACUGGGAAGGAAGAUGGCAGGCAGAAUGUGUGAAUUCCAAGGAUUUUCUGGUGACAGCAGUCGUUUGGGAGCAGGUGUGACUGUUCUUCGACCAAUUUUCAACUUACUAGAUCUUUAUCCAGAUUCUGACCCACCACUGGAAAAGCUGCUAGAACUUUCAUUUCAGGAAGGAGCAACAUAUGAGGAGUACCAGAAGUUGCAUAGUUUCUCUGUGAAACAUGGAGAGUUUUUCUGGUUAAGACUUGCUAAGAAUCUUUAUGUCACUGGAAAACCACUGACUUCAUGGAAUGUUGAGGCAUUUGACAGUGAGGAUGUAGAUCAUGCAGUCAAAUUUAUGCCGGGAACCAAGACGAAUGCUUGCUAUAACUUGAUUGAUCGAAAUAUCAAGGAAGGUCUCGGAGAUCUUCCUGCAUUGUACUAUGCAACCUGUUCAAUGGAAAUGGAAGAAGUGACAAACACAGUUUAUAGUUAUAAUGAUCUGUUGCGAGAGGUUUCCAAAUGUAGUCAUGUUUUGCAGAAAACAGGAAUUCAACCUGGAGAUCGUGUUGUCAUUUUCUUGCCAGAUGUGCCAGAGCUUGUAAUUUUUAUUCUGGCCUGUUUUCGAGUGGGUGCUGUUGUUGUACCUGUUUUUAGUGCUGCUUCAGUAGCUGUGUUGAGAAAUGAUAUUGAAAUUUCUGAAUGCAAAGCAGUUAUUACAGCAAACUCUGAGGCUGUUAAAGGAAGAAGUCUAAAAAACAUAUGUAAUGAAGCUGUUCUUCGUGCCGAAAAGUUUCUCAAACACAUCAUUGUACUAGAUGUUCUUGGAAAUCGAUCAGGGGGGCCAAUGAUGGAUAACAGAGAUUUGUGGUUUGACGAAGUGGAAGUUGUGUCACAUAUUCAUUCACCUGUUCUAGUGGAUUCUGAAGACCCACUCUUUUGGGCACGUUCUAGUGGUACUUCAUCGGAACCUCGAAUGUUUGAGCACCGGACAUUAGGCUUUCUUGUCUACAUGAGAGCGGUAUUCAAAUAUUUUCUCAACUUUAACGUGGAAGAACAUGGAGAGAAGCAGGAUGUCUGCUUGUGCCUUGCAAGUCCUGCAUGGAUAUAUGGGCUACAAGCAAUGCUACUUGGUCCACUGCUCAAUGGUGGAGCUACUGUUUUUUUUAAUGGUCUCAAGCAAUCAGCUACUGUUGUCAAGAAUGUAAUUUAUAGCUGCGGUGUCACUCAUCUUUGCUCAAUUCCAGAGUUUCUAAUGGACUUUUCAAAGAGUCUUGCUACCAUGAAGACAAGGAGACAGCUUGAAAGUCUUCGUUUUGUGUCUGCUGCUGGCUCUCCAUUUACAGUCAGAGCAUUUGACAAAGUUGUUGGUCACUUUCAAUCACGAGACAGAUCGGCUGGCAUGCGACUUGCUGAUUUAUGGGGACAGACUGAAGCAGGUUCCUAUCUCUUUAGCACUCCACCUACCUCAUUUAAACUGAAGAACAGUAAAAAUAUGCUUCCAUUUUUUGGGAUUGAUGCUUUAGUGGUUGAUGAAGAAGGGAGAGAUAUGAAUGCAAGCAAACGCAGCGAAGGUGAAUUGGUAGUAUGUCAGCCAUGGCCUUGUAUUUUCCGGCGCAUAAUUGGAAAGGACACACAAAUUUACUUGAAAAAACUUUUAAGAACUGGCUUUUUCUUCACUGGCGAUCGUGCAAAUAGAUACCCAGAUCAAAGUUUUGAGUUUCUGGGAAGGAACGACAACUGUGUUAAGGUGGGAGAUAAAGGAGGUGUACUUCAGCGACGUGUACAAAUUGAAAAGGUAGAAGAGGUGUUACAAGAUUUUGAAGAUGGACGAAUAGUAGAGAGAGCAUAUGCUGCUCAAUGGUGGACCAGAGAGGGUUGCUGUUCAUUUGGUCUUCUAGUCAUUGUGGAGCUAAAUGAAGAGAGUGUUCCUAACGGACUUACAAGACGCCUUACAGAGCAAUUUGAUCAAUGUGUAAAGGAGAGACUGGACACCGAAAUGCCCAUUAUUGCUUGCGUAGUACAGUCAAGGAAGACACAUAUGGUAAAGAGAUCUAAGAAAAACAGAAGGAAACUUCGAAAAGCUGGUGAAGCUGGAAGUAUGACAGAAUCACUUGAUCAAGGAGACCAACUAAGCAAAGAGCAAAUGAAGCACUUAGAAAGUGUUCUUCAAGAGAGAAAUCUAGUAGCAAUUAAACUUGAAUCUUUAAGCUAACCUUGUACGUUCAUAAUUGUUUUUAGCAGGUUCAAGACUUGAGAAUUUGAUGCAUUUAGAAUUGUUUAAUUUUGUACUGCAUGUGCCAACAUUGAGAAGUAGUCUACUCUGUCUGAAAGAAAUAGUGGUUGUUCAAA